AUGUAUGUCUUCCGACGAAUUAGUAGUCUAUUGGAGUGUCCUCAAAUUCAGCUGGAAGCUGACGAAAUUCAGGUUACAUAUGAUAAAACUAAAGUCCGUAUCCUUCGUUCUGGUGCUGAACUCAAUUACUAUGAAUUCUUUUUUAUAAAAGAAAAUGCAAUAAGAAUAUGUCUGAGUAAAUUUUACGACAUUGUUAAAGCUACCAAACAAGAGAAAACUCCUGUUAUCCAAACGGUAAUACUUAUUUGCACUACGUUAUCUCUUGGUGCCCUUUUGUUUACAUUUGUUACUUAUUGUAUGUUUCCAUCGUUAAGAACGCUGCCUGGGAAAAAUAAUAUGAGUCUUAUUUUUGCACUAUUUUGUGCCUAUACCUUUCUUGAAUUCGGUAUUGAGAGAACUGAAAACCAAAUAGGUUGCAUGAUGCUAGGAAUUUGUAUUCAUUUUUUCUGGCUGUCCACCUUCGGUUGUGUGAAUGUUUGUUCUUUUCAUAUGUUUCGUACUUUUCGACAAAACUUUAUAUUCCAGAGUUAUGAUCAAGAAAGAGACAGAAAGCGGUUUGCCCUUUACAACCUUUACUCCUAUGGUGUUCCAUUGCUUUUUGUUGGCUUGAAUGUGAUAAUUUCGAAUCGUGUAAUUGACAAUCAGUCCUACGGUUACGGUGGAAAGGCUUGUUUUAUCUCGCAUCAGUUGACAGUUCUUUGUACAUUCAUUGCUCCUGUGGCACUUAUCUGUUUGGUAAAUCUUGUUUUGUUUAUUUUUACAGCGAUAACCUGGAUUUUUAGUAUUGGUAUUGUCAUAUGA